AGGAAGCUGGCUUUGUUUCAAGUGCCAAUGCUGAAUUCAGUCCUAACAAUUUUAGAAAUGGCCUAGCCAAGAUGUUUUUCUCUCGAUUUGAUCUUUGGAUCAGAUUCCCAGAAGCUGGCACUCUGAUCUGCCUGCCAGCAGGGUGGCAGAGGCCCACAGUUCUCCACUGGGGAUGAAAUACUCCGUGUGACUGUUCUGGCAGGUGACGUGUCCUUCCUCAUCCCCAGCCCUUCUAUAAAGAGGACCCCUGAGCUGGCAGCAGAGCCCAUCCAGGCAGCACGGCCACUAAGCGGACAGAGACUGGGGCCGCCUGCACCGGGGCUGGUGGAAGAAGCUGGGUGGUCUCGCCCCUCCUGGAUUAAUCCUGCUGCCUCGCAGAACAGGAAGCGCCGGGAAGAUGCGGGCCUGCGUGGUGCCGGGGCUGGCACUCUGCCUGCUGCUGGGGCCUCUUGCAGGGACCAAGCCUGUGCAGGAGGAAGGAGACCCCUACGCGGAGCUGCCGGCCAUGCCCUACUGGCCUUUCUCCACCUCUGACUUCUGGAACUACGUGCAGCACUUCCAGGCCCUGGGGGCCUACCCCCAGAUCGAGGACAUGGCCCGCACCUUCUUCGCGCACUUCCCCCUGGGGAGCACCCUGGGCUUCCACGUUCCCUAUCAGGAGGACUGAAUGGUGUCCAGCCUGGUCCCCGCCCACCCCGCCAGGCUGCGUAGGUCGGGCCUCCGCAGGAGUGGAGUCGCAGCAAAGGUCUGGCUCCAGCGGGGGGAGGGUCAGUCCUGUUCUCAAUAAACUCCGGACUGAAGAGGCACA